CCUCCAGGCCCCGCCCACGGCGACCAGCAGUAAGCCCGGCAACUGGCGCGACAGGGCGACCGCGGGAACGCAGGCGUGUCCGGGAAAGCGCUGUGCGCAUGCUCCUAGAGAAGCAGGUCCGGUGAGGGGCCGCACCCAGGCCCCGGGAGGCGGAAGUGGAAACAUGGAGUACAGUCUGGCGACCGCGGCGCUAACCGGGGUGGACCGGCGCUCGCUGCAGCGAUCGGCUCGACUGGGGAGGGAAGUGCUGGAGCGCGCCAAGAGAAGGGCAGUGAACUGGCAUUCUCCAGAGCGAUCCAAAGGCAGCGUGGGGGUCCUGUACCGCCAGGGCCCCUACCAGGAACGAUGGUCGGUCCCCGGUCCCCAGCGCCCCCUAGGAGAGAGAGAAGAAAGGCGCCCGACUCUUAGUGCUUCCUUCAGAACAAUAGCUGAAUUCAUGGACUAUACUUCAAGUCAGUGUGGGAAAUACUAUUCAUCUAUGCCAGAGGAAGGCGGGGCAACCCACGUCUACCGUUACCACAGAAGGAAGCCUCCAGAAAUGCCCAUGUACUCAGACAUAGGGCAUGGUCAAGAACAGAGAAACAGCAGAGGAGAGGCAUCUGUUGAUUCAGGAAGCAUCUACCAAACAUCAGAGCAUUCUCAAGAGGCAUCCUGGCCUGCUGAGAACAUCUCUAAGGACCUCUACAUUGAAGUGUAUCCAGGGACCUAUUCCGUCACUGUGGGCUCAAGCCCCUUAACCAGGAAGACUCAUGUGGUCGCCGUUGACUCAGGGCAAAGUGUGGACUUGGUCUUCCCCGUAUGAAGUUGACCAUCACUGCCAUCAUUUUACUCUUAAGUAACAAGAAGAAUAAAGCUACAUUAUAAUUGCCUUAAUAAUGAAUGAUAUGUUGAUCCUACUUUAAUGCUGGCUGUAGAGAGGGCAGCCUUUGUGAACUGGAGUCUGUCUCUUUCAGAGCUCUUUUUAACUUGAGAUUAUAGAAAUCCCCCAUCCUGUGUGCCUGAAAACAAUAAUGGAAUGGUGCUGUCUAAACAGCUCUUACUACUGAUUUCCCAAGAAAGUGUUAAUUAUGAUAAUAAUAAUGAUUAUGAUAAUAAAGGAAGAGAUUUGGAAAUAAAA